UUUCACAUCUUACUACUAGAUUUCUGAUACACAUCACCAAAUAUGACUUCGUUCGUAGCGGAUGUACUGGCUACGGCAGGUAAACUUGAGAAGGUAAAUCUUCAUAAAAAUAUUGCUGAAGUACAAAAAGAAAUAACGAAAUUAGAAUAUGAAGUUAAGGAUUUUAUGGAUGACAAUUAUGUUGAAUUCAAUGCAAAGUUAUCAAGAGAUGUACAUUUAGUUAAAAAAACAGAACAAUUGUUGGAGGAGAUCAGUAUUUUACAGAAGAGAAUAAAUGAUCAAAUUAAAAUAGAACUAUCUGGUUCGAUGAAGGAACUGAAAACACUCUCACAAGCAUUAAAGGAAUCCAAUAUUAGUAUGCAGCUUUCUCAUCAAUUGAUAAGUUUACACAAGUGCAUAGUAUCUGUAAGAAAGACAAAAGAGGAUAAGCAAUAUGUCGAUACUGCUAAGACUCUACAGCAGAUGCAAUCUUUACUUGAUAAUCCUCACAGCCUCUUGCAUGAUCUCGAAAUAUAUACAGCAAUUAAGGAUGAAUAUUGUAAUCUCUUUCAUUCGUGUUUGAGGGAAGCCUCUGAUCUUUUGAAUGAUCGAAUCUGCUGGAACAGCAAUGUUAAGGAUGGCAAAACGAUCAAUUCUGUCACCAUUAAAACCGAAUAUGAUGACAUAGAGGAAUUGAUGCAAGGAUUAGAUAUUAUGGAUAGUUUCGAAAAUGAAUUGGAAACAUUUACCUCAAAACUAAUGGAUUAUAUAAUCAAGCCCAUCAUUUAUGAUCAUUGUUCGGUGUAUGUUGUCAAAGAGAAAGUGUUUACUGUCGAGAUAUUAGAGAAGAAAAAAAUGCCAUGUUAUAAGGGUGUACUCUACAAUUUAAAAUUGCUCUUUGUGUUCCUCCAUCACCAUUUGAAUCUGAUAGUCGCGGAUAACAAAACAUUUCUGAAAAGAUUGCAACUAUGUCUAUUAGAACAAUUGUCACAUUGUUUGAUAACAGAUUGCAUCUCCCAUACUAUUCCAACUUCAAAUGCGGAUAUGAAAAAUUUUGAGCCUGUAGUCGAAACGAUUAACGAAUUCCAAAACUAUUUAGUUGAAAUCGGAUUCCUCUCCGAAGAUCAACUCUUCUUAUCAGAAUAUACAAAUAAUAUUGACAAACUCUUUAUUAAUAGGAUAUGUCAAGAUUUACUAGCCAAAGCUAAAAAUAUAAUGAAAAAAGAUCUGCACGAUUCUAUUCGAUAUGAAUCGCAGGAACCACCUAAACUUAUAAAUAAAGCACUUGAAAAUGAUUGUGAACUAUCUAUCGAAAAGAAGUUAAGCGAUAUGUCGUUUUACUUACCAAAAUGUCAAAUAAGCAAAAAUGCACAAGAAACGCUAGAACUAGCGAGAACAAUAUUGGACGAGGCUUGUGAUAGUUCGGAUGCUUGCGCCGUUAGAUUAUUUUAUACGUGCAGAAAUGUAUUCGAAAUGUAUGCCGGUUUAGUGCCCGAGCAUCAUAAAAAGUUCUUGGAAACAAUACCGCAACAAGUCGCACUAUUUCACAACAAUUGUAUGUAUCUUGCUCAUCAUUUGCUUACAUUGGCGCAUGAAUACAGAGACAAACUUCCGAAAAUUAUACAAAAAUUGAACUUAACAUUUGCGGAUCAAGUCAUAAUACUUAGAGAUGUUGGGUCACAAUACUUCCUAGAUCACAUGAGAUAUCAAACAAACAUAAUUUUCGACAUCAUCAAGGAUUCAGGUUUCUCAGGAUUAAGUCAAGCCCAGCUACAUCCUAGUACCGAACGUGCACUAAGACAAUGUAUUAGACAAUUGGAAUUAUUAAAGACUGUUUGGCUGGAUGUUUUGCCUAUGAAUAUCUACUGUAAAGCUGUUGGAUGUAUAACAAAUUCUAUGAUCAAAGAUUUAGUGACAAAAGUCAUAUCUACUGAAGAUAUUCCAGUUGAUGUAGCAACAGAAUUGGUAACUUUAUUCAAUAUGGUGGUAAAACGAAUGCCGCCUAUAUUUCCUGAUCAACAAAUUCAACACCAUGUUCGUAAAUGGGGGAAAUUUUUGGAAUUGAUCAAGUUACUUGGUGCAUCACUGAAAGAAAUUGAAAUUAGAUGGGGAAAUGGAAAAGGGCCAUUAGCACAGGAAUUUACUGCUUCACAAGUUAAACAAAUGAUCCGAGCAUUAUUCCAAAACACAGAUAGAAGAUCUAAUCUUUUAGCUUCUAUAAGAUAAAAAUGUAAUAUAUAUAUAAAAAUUCUAAAUAUAUAUAAAAAAUAACAAAUAAUUAAAUUUAUGUUAUAUAUAACAUGUGUAUAUUCCAAGUUAGAAUUGAAUGUAAUCAAAGAUAAUAUCUAAAGAAAAAA